AGCCGCGGUGAGCCCUGCUCGUGCCCGCGCCUGGCUGGCGGCCGGGAGCUCGGCGGGGCGGCGCUCGUGCUCGCCCGCCCGCCGCUGGCGGCUCGCGCCUGGGAGCGCGGCUGGGUGGCUGGAGCUGGCCGCAUCCUUUGUGCGGCGCUCAGGCUGCGCAGCGGGGCGGCGGGACGGAAUGUGGGUGCUUCUGGGGUUUUUCUCUUCUGCCCUAACUCUGGAAACAAUGGACUGAGAAGGGAACAAGGAUUGAGGGGCGCGAGGGGGAAGCGAACUGCACGGGGGAGUCAUGACUUCUGCCGCGGAGAUUAAGAAGCCACCAGUGGCCCCCAAGCCAAAGUUUAUUGCGGCAAAUAACAAGCCAGCUCCACCUCCUGUUGCUCCUAAACCUGACAUUGUGAUUUCUAGUGUUCCGCAGUCAACAAAGAAAGCCAAACCUGCAAUAGCCCCCAAACCAAAAGUUCUGAAGAGUUCUGUUCAAGAUGGUGGGCAGUCACCCUCAAGGAAAAUUACUUUCAACCCUGAAGAGCAUAAACGAGAAUUACUGGAAAGCACUGCCAAUUUUAAUUGUAAAAAUGUAGGAGAGCAGAAUAACGAUUAUACUUUGCCAAUGUGUCCCUGUAGUUCCUCGUGUAUCCACAAGCUUGGGAAUAGAGAGAACUUGUGUGUAAGGCAGCUUGUUUUAGCGCCCCUGGAAAUGAAUGAAAAUUUAGAAAAUUGUAAACUUGAUGAGUCUUUGACUAUAAAAACUAUGAGUAAAUACGAUUGUCAUGGUGAAAAGGCCAAAAACCAGACUAAUGUAGUUUUAAAGGCAAGCGUCCUAGAAGGGAAGCUCAAAGAUGUCUUAACACACCGAACGUCACCUUUUAUUUCCUCAAAGAAGCAUAGGUCCGUAGACAACCCAGAAAUGAAUGGUGGCUGUAAUUCAAACAGACAAUUCAGAAUUGAAUUUGAGGAUUUGUCACCUUCCCCGCCCAGCUUUGAAAAUGUUCCUGAUCAUCAUAAUUGCCACUUAAAGCUUCCUAGUGAUGAAUUUCAAAAUUUUGAAGCUUGUCAGGAUGGCAGCGAAAAAAGCAAUAGUGACUUUUAUUCCUCCAAACCAGAAGCUCUAGAAAAUGGUGAAAAGGGUACUUUUAUAUCUUCAGAUGAAGUUAGUAAAAAAUCAGAAGUCGAAGAUCUUGGUCCCUUAGAAAUCCACUCAGUACCAUAUACCCCCAAAUUUCCAACUCCCAAGCCCAGAAAGACACGCGCUGCUCGUCUCUUACGCCAAAAGUAUGUAGAUACCCCUAGUGAAAGUACUGAGGAACCAGACAAUUCAAACAGCAGCUCUUCUUGUCUCAGCGAAGAUAGUUUGAAAAACAAUGAAAUCAGUGUUCCGCAUUUGAAUGUUUUGUGUAGCCAGGAACAGGUGGACAAAAUGAAUCCAGGAAAUAAAAGUGAAUUGAAUGUGGAGCCCAACAGUGACAGACAGGACUUCGUCAAGUCACAGAAAGCCAGGUGUCAGGGAACAUCUUCCUUUGAAAAAACGACACCUUCAUUAGAUACAGACUCUGAUUUGACUCCUGACAGCACUACAAUAGAUGGUUCUAGUACAUCACUUGGUGUGGACAAAGGGACCAGUUUUAUAAGAUGCAGUACUCUAUCUAUGAGCCUGCCUAAGCAGCUCAAAUUAACUUGCAAUGAACAUUUGCCUACUGCCUGUAACCUGGGAGUUUCUACCCCUCAAAUGCAAAAGGAAUCUGUAAUAAAAGAGGAAGUUUCCUCAAGGAUUGUUCCCCCAAAACCUCAAAGACACAGCUUGCCUGCUACAGGUGUGCUUAAAAAGGCUGCAUCUGAGGAGCUUGUGGAGAAAAGUUCUUACGCCUCAAAUGAAAAAAAUUCAGAGAAAAGUCUAGAAAGAAAUCAUCUUCAGCAUUUGUGUGCCCAGAACCAUGGUGUGUCAUCCUCCUUUGAUAUGCCUAAGCAGGCUUCUGAAAAGCCAGUGUGGAAAUUACCUCAUCCUAUUUUACCCUUUUCAGGGAACCCAGAAACCUUAAAGUCUGUCACCUCCAGUAGUGAGCCUUCAACUGCCCUUACCAAGCCUAGAGCAAAGUCAUUGUCUGCUGUGGAUAUGGAAAGGUGCACCAAACCUUGCAAAGAUUCUACAAAGAAAAACUCUUUUAAAAAGUUGCUCAACAUGAAACUGUCCAUCUGUUUCAUGAAGAGUGACUUUCAGAAAUUUUGGUCCAGGAGUAGCCAACUUGGAGACACAACGGCAGGCAGCUUCUGCCGUAGGGAACGGAAGGGGAUCGAAGGUGAUUGGCAUGGCUUGUUGGUAGGAGAAGGGAGGAGAAGUAAACCUAUGAAGGCAUAUUCUGCAGAUAAUAACUACAGCCUGGAAUCUCAAAAGAAGGGGAGGAAGUCUCCGGGCCAGACCAGUGCAGCUAAUGGUCUGAGAGCUGAGUCUUUGGAUGACCGAAUGCUCUCCAGGGAGUCAUCACCUAAGACACCCUGCAAGUCAGUUACAAGCCUCUGUGCCCCAGAGUAUGAAAAUAUACGCCAUUAUGAGGAAAUACCGGAAUAUGAGAACUUGCCGUUCAUUAUGGCUGUAGGGAAAACUCCAGAGCAGGAAUGGCAGAAUCCCAGCAGCAUAGAGGACACCGAUGCCAAUGUGUAUGAGGUGGAAGAGCCAUAUGAAGCUCCAGAUGGCCCGCUGCCACUUGGACCCAGACAUCAGCAUUCCAGCAGUUCUGGAGCAUCCCAGGAGGGACAGAAUGAUCUCAAUCUGGGUCUUGGUGACCUUCCUUCUGAUGAGGAGGAAGUCAUCAACAGUUCUGAUGAGGAUGAGGUCAGCUCUGAGUCCAGUAAGGGAGAGCCUGACCCAUUGGAAGACAAACAGGGUGAAGAUAAUGGAAUGAAAAGUAAAGUUCAUCACAUUGCCAAAGAGAUCAUGAGCUCAGAGAAAGUGUUUGUGGAUGUGUUAAAACUUUUGCAUAUUGACUUCCGGGAUGCAGUAGCCCACGCGUCCAGGCAACUCGGGAAACCAGUGAUGGAGGACCGGAUUCUCAAUCAGAUCCUGUACUACUUGCCUCAGCUAUAUGAGCUCAACCGGGAUCUCCUGAAGGAACUGGAGGAAAGAAUGUUGAACUGGACUGAACAACAAAGAAUUGCCGAUAUCUUUGUAAAGAAGGGACCGUACCUAAAAAUGUAUUCUACUUACAUCAAAGAAUUUGAUAAGAACAUAGCUUUGCUGGAUGAACAGUGCAAGAAAAACCCAGGUUUUGCUGCCAUCGUUCGAGACUUUGAGAUGAGCCCACGCUGUGCUAACCUGGCCCUCAAGCACUACCUCCUCAAGCCGGUCCAGCGGAUCCCCCAGUACAGGCUGCUGCUGACAGAUUAUUUGAAGAAUCUCAAAGAAGAUGCGAGAGAUUACAGAGAUACUCAAGAUGCCCUUGCUGUUGUUAUAGAGGUAGCCAACCAUGCCAAUGACACCAUGAAGCAAGGAGACAACUUUCAGAAACUUAUGCAAAUUCAGUACAGCUUAAAUGGACACCAUGAGAUAGUACAGCCUGGACGGGUUUUUCUCAAAGAAGGAACUCUGAUGAAGCUAUCUCGGAAAGUGAUGCAACCCCGAAUGUUUUUCCUGUUUAAUGAUGCCUUGUUAUAUACAACACCGGUGCAGUCUGGGAUGUAUAAGCUGAACAACAUGCUCUCCUUGGCUGGAAUGAAGGUCAGAAAACCCACACAAGAAGCAUAUCAGAAUGAAUUAAAGAUUGAAAGUGUGGAACGUUCCUUCAUUCUCUCAGCCAGUUCUGCCACAGAAAGGGAUGAAUGGUUAGAAGCAAUUUCCAGAUCAAUAGAAGACUAUGCCAGGAAAAGAAUCACCUUCUGUCCUAGUAGGAGUCUUGAAGAGGCAGACUCAGAAAAUAAAGAGGAAGUUAGUCCUCUGGGCUCAAAGGCUCCCAUCUGGAUUCCUGAUACCAGAGCCACAAUGUGUAUGAUCUGUACAAGUGAAUUUACCCUGACCUGGAGACGACACCACUGUCGAGCCUGCGGAAAGAUUGUAUGCCAAGCUUGUUCAUCAAAUAAGUAUGGCUUAGAUUACCUGAAAAAUCAACCAGCAAGAGUAUGUGAACAUUGUUUUGAAGAACUGCAGAAAUUAGAUCACCAGCACUCCCCUAAGAUUGGAUCUCCUGGAAGUCACAAGUCUCCUUCAAGUGCCUUAUCUUCGGUCUUACAUAGUAUUCCAUCGGGGAGGAAACAGAAAAAAAUCCCAGCUGCUCUCAAAGAAGUAUCAGCAAACACUGAAGAUUCUUCUAUGAGUGGCUACUUGUACAGAUCAAAGGGCAAUAAAAAACCUUGGAAACACUUAUGGUUUGUCAUAAAAAAUAAAGUCCUAUAUACAUACGCUGCAAGUGAGGACGUGGCAGCCUUGGAGAGUCAACCUUUACUAGGAUUUACUGUUACCCAAGUCAAAGAUGAGAACUCAGAGUCUAAAGUAUUUCAGUUACUGCACAAAAACAUGUUGUUUUAUGUAUUCAAAGCAGAUGAUGCUCACUCAGCUCAAAAGUGGAUAGAAGCAUUUCAGGAAGGCACAAUAUUGUAGCAGUAUUGGUUUCGUCUCUUCCAUGGUUCCAAAGAGGUAGAAGUUCAUCAAAAUGGAGAAAAUGCAAUUUAAAAGUUUAUAAAAGUGGACACUGCCAAGAUAAAUUCAAGCAAACUCUUCAUCAGAUACAAGAAAUUAUUUUAUUUGGUAUAAGUAGUUUUUUUGAAAAUGUUUUUUCAUGUAUGUUAUUUAUUAAGAUUUUUGAUGUUUACUUAAUGGUCAGAAUUAUUUCUGAGACUCACACUGAAUUCUAAAGUAUUGUUUCUUUAGAGACCAGAAAACUUACCUGAAUACUGUAUAAACUCUCUGUGACACAACCCACACUGUUCUCUCUACCUGAUAUUGUGACAUUCUUAUCUUACUAAUGGUAAAUCUUCCUAAGUUAAAAACACAACAAGGCAUAAAUUUCCAUGUAGUGCUUGAUUUAGGAAUUAUUAUUAUAAAAUGCUGAUGAAAAAAUGCAUGACUUUGAAUAGAUAAAAAGUAAAUUUUUGUAUCUUUUAAUGGAAAAAUAUAUGGCCAGCUUCUACCUCAGAAACUGUGAAUGAAAUUUCAGUAUAUUAUCAGAAAUAAUUUAGUAUUUUCUACUGUUACUGUACCUCUUUCGGUAUGAGUUAAUAUUACAUCAUGAGAAUUACAGCAAAGGGAUAGAAUCUGAGUGUGUUUUUAACUGUAGGUAGAAAUGAGGCUGUUUUCAUUUGCAGAGGAAGACACGUAAUCGAUUCUAUAGGCUUUGCAUUAAGUCCAAUCUUUUUUGUUUUUUUGGUUUUUUGGGGGGGGUUUUGCAGUUUUUGGCCGGAGCUGGGUUUGAACCCGCUACCUCCGGCAUAUGGGGCUGGCGCCCUACUCCUUUGAGCCACAGGCGCCUUUUUAAAAGCCUCAGGUUUAACACAAACAUAAAUGUAUUAUUUUUUAAAAUAGCAAAAUAUAGCAAGCAUUGUAUUACAUAAUAUCCCCUGCUAUCUAAGAGUUCUGAGCCAAAGGCAACAGUGGUAUUUGUAUCUAAAUAGAAUGCCCUUAUUUCCUGUAACAUUGUGCUUUACAAAAUUAACUGGAAUUACCAUGUAAGAAAAGCACAAAUUCUAAGGCAGUAAUAACUGAAAUUGUAUAGUAUUUGUUUUCAAAAGGUCUUUUUAUUCUACUUUGUGACAUGGUCUCCCUGGCGAUUUAAAUAAAAUUUUCUUUCUUUAACCAGGUGUCGGUGCACCUCACUAGGAAAGCUUUCUUUUCAUAAUUUUGGUGCACUUACUGUUUAACAUAUGAACUACCUUGUCUGUAAAAAUGUUGAUUAGGAAAAAAAUGAAAUUAACACUGUGAUUAAAGUCAUUCCUGAUAUUCAUAAUAGGCAUUUUAUUGACUGAGUUUAAACUAUAAAUUUUCUUUUUUUUUUUUUUUUUUAAUUUUUUGAGACACUCUCAUUCCGUUGCCCUGGUUAGAGUGCUAUGGCAUCAUUGCUCACAGCAACCCUCAACUCUUGGGCUUGAGCUGUCCUCUUGCCUCAGCUUUAAGUAGCUAAGAUAACAGGCGUGCACCACUAUGCCUGGCUAGAUUUUCUAUUUUUAUUAAAGACGGGGUCUCCCCCUUGAUCAGGCUUAUCUCAAACUCAUAAAUUCAAGCAAUCCAUUCCCCUUAGCCUCCCAGAGUAUGUAAAUUAUCUUAAAAGGCAAGGUCAUGCAUAGAAUAAUUCAUUAAAGGGUAUAAGAAUUUCACUUUCCCAAUUCAGUGUGAUACUUCUGGCAGCCAGGAGAAUUCUAAGUGCCUUUCUGGGCCUUUUGAAUGCUAUUUGCUGCAGCGUCAGAGUUGCUGCUAGAUCCAGAAUUGGCUGCUGUGGGUUUUUUCUGGCUAUUUUUUGCUAUGAAGUCAUUUUAAACCCUGUUACAACUUCAUACACAAACCUAAAAUGCCAUCUCCCAAGUCUUUCUGUCAUAGCAGGUUAACUAAUAUUUCUUUGCAGCUCACUUAUUUCUCUCUCUUUUUUUUUUUUUUUUGAGACAGAGUCUAACUUUGUUGCCCACUGUAGACUGCUAUAGCAUCAUAGCUCAUAGCAACCUCAAACUCUGGGGCUCAAGCGAUUCUUCUGCCUCAGCCUCCCAAGUAGUUGGAACUACAGGUACCCACCACAAUAGCCAGCUAUUUUUAGAGACGGGGGUCUCACUUUAGCUCAGGCUGGUCUUGAACUCGUGAGCUUAGUCAGUAUACCCGCCCCCACCUCCCAGAGUGCUAGGAUUACGGGUGUGAGGCACUGUGCCUGGCUUUAGUAGCUCACUUAUUUUAAUCAAAAUUCUUCUAUAAAUAUGUCUUCCAUGUUAAAGUUUCUGCACAAUUUUUAGUGUAUCCUUUUUGGAGACCAGGAUCUUAUGUUCUAACAUUUUUCCUUCUCCUGCAUUAAGUCUGCCAUUUAGCAAGACAAAUUAUUGGAGGGUUCCUCCCCCUCCUCUUGAGCUCUCAGCCUUCUAACUACAAAGUUUGGCUUAAGCUUUGGAAUCUAAAGAAAAAAAAUCAGCUAGGCUAUUCUAUCUUUGAAGACCUAACUGAAUCAAGAACCAGUUCCAGGGCGGCGCCUGUGGCUCAGUCGGUAAGGCGCUAGCCCCAUAUACCGAGGGUGGCAGGUUCAAACCUGACCCAGGCUGAACUGCAACCAAAAAAAAAAAAAAAUAGCCGGGCAUUGUGGCGGGCGCCUGUAGUCCCAGCUACUCGGGAGGCUGAGGCAAGAGAAUCGCUUAAGCCCAGGAGUUGGAGGUUGCUGUGAACUGUGUGAUGCCAUGACACUCUACCGAGGGCCAUAAAGUGAGACUCUGUCUCUACAAAAAAAAAAAAAAAAAGAACCAGUUCCAAAUCUAAACAGAGAGAGAAGAAACUGGGCACAAACUUAUACACAUAGUAUCUAUCCUUAAUUACACAUAAAACUCAUGUAUGAUUGUAUUAACUAUUGGAUGAUAUAAAAUAUAGCCUUUGAGCAGGCUAUCAGAUCACCUUCCCCUCAUAAAGAUAUUUGAAAUGUGGAAUAGUAUUAUAUUCCCUUUCCCCUUUAUCAAUCUUACAUAAUUUAAUAAAACCAAUCCAUUGUUAUAUAUGUAAUGUGGCUCUUUGGGUGUCACCCAGAAACCUAAUUAUAUACAAUUUGUUGUUAAGCUACUUUAAAAAAUAUUUCUUGAUUGCUAACGGUUUAGAGGAAAAAAUGAUUAGGUGCAAUGUGUAAACAAGGAGAAAGUGUAAAGAGUAUUUUUUUAAUUUAUAAAGAAAAGAAAUUUAUUUCUUACAGUAUGGAGGCUGAUAAAUCCGUUGUCAAAGGGCCACAUCUGGUGAGGGCCUUCUUGUUGGCUGAGACUCUGAAGAGUCCCUAGGCCCUUCAGGCUCUCAGGGGGCCAGAGGGCUGAGCAUGCUACUGCAGGUCUCUAUGACGAGUUUCUGGAUCCCAGGAAUACGAUAUUACACAGAUACAUGUGCUUCCAUCAAAAUCUUUUUUAGGUAUCUCCUUUUAUUCAUAAGGAGGGGAGAGAAUGGUAUUUAUAAAGCUAAGCUGUUAGGAUGUUGAAAAUAGCCUGAGCAAGAUGAGAAUAACUAGGGGAAGGCUGGAAUUCUCAGCAAGUGUCGGCAACUAGUGCUGCUCCUUUAUCUGUGGCAGCUGUAAAUAUAAGGACCCACUAGAGUCUUAAGAAAAUGAGAAUGGCUAUCUUGGGCAUGAUCCAUGUGUGUGAACCUCCUUCCAAGUCUUUUCCCCUGUUCUCUAAUAUACCCAGCAUCCCCCUAUUCUUUGGCUGCCCAAGAUGCUUGAUUCUUUGUUUAAUAGCAUGUCUUUAAAUGAGCUUAUCAGAACAACCCUUGAUUUGCAUUAAAGCUGUAAUGGUACAAUAAAGUGAAGAAGAAAAUUUUAAAGUAUAGCUCUGUUAGCCAAAUGUAUAUUUUAUGUUUGGUUGGUAGGAUAUAUCUGGAAAUGAGGAAACCCUCCUAUGUGGUAGUUUAGUUAAAAGGUAAAUGUUAUAGCAUAUGUUGGUAUGGCUUGGAGUGCACUUCCAUUGUGCUCAGCUUUUGAAAAGUUUGUGAUCCACUGUAAUCAGUCAAAUGCGGUCACUGGGAAUUCCAGAUAGGUGUAUUGUGGUUCUCUUAUCGUACUGUGCACUCCUUGAAGGAAGCUACUGUAUCUAAUAUAUGAGUUUCUUCCAGAGUUUCUACUCUAGGUCUUUUGUUAAAAGACAGGGUCUUGCUUUGUUGGUCAAGCUGGACUCGGAUGCCUGGGCUCAAGGAUCCUCCUGUCCCAGCCUUCCAAGUAGCUGGGACUACAGUGGGAAUGUAUCACCAGACUGGGCUCCCUGGGUCUUUUAAGAAAAAAUAUUUGUUCAGUUGAAUAAAGAAAGUGAGGACAGGAUUCUUAUCUUCUACAAUGCAAACACAGCCCCCAAAUGCCCACUUGUGUAAGUCAGACCUCAGACCUCUGUCCACUAUCCUGCAAGGCCACACUUGAAGCUACCUGUUAAAUAUCCGCGUGAGUCCUCAAGCACUUAAAACUUCACAUGACUGGGCGGCCCCUGUGGCUCAGUGAGUAGGGUGCUGGCCCCAUAUGCCGAGGGUGGCAGGUUCAAACCCAGCCCCGGCCAAACUGCAACAAAAAAAUAGCCGGGCAUUGCGGCGGGCACCUGUAGUCCCAGCUACUCGGGAGGCUGAGGCAAGAGAAUCACGUAAGCCCAAGAGCUGGAGGUUGCCGUGAGCCGUGUGACGCCAUGGCACUCUACCGAGGGCAGUAAAGUGAGACUCUGUCUCUACAAAAAAAAAAAAAAACUUCACAUGACUAAAGUACAUUCACUUUCUUUCCUUUCAAAUCUGUUUAUUUUAUUUAUUUAUUUUUUUUUUCUGAGACAGAAUCUCUCUUUGUCGCCCUUGGUAGAGUCCUGUGGCGUCACAGUCCACAGCAACCAGCAAUACCUGGGCUCAGAUGAUUCUCUUACCUCACCUCCCAAGUAGCUGGGACUACAGGUGCCCGCCACAAUGCCCAGCUAUUUUUAGAGACGAGGUCUCCCUCUGGCUCAAACCUGUAAGCUCAGGCAAUCUACCCACCUCAGCCUCCCAAAUGCUGGGGUUACAGGCAUUAGCCACCACACCUGGCCUUCAAAUCUUUUUUUUUUUUCCUUCUGUAAUGGAAAGACACCAUUCAAGUUUCCAGAAUCUGGCUUCAGGUCUCAACAAGACUCUGCAACUGCCCUGUGUCCUUUACAUCCUCAUUGUCCUGCUGUUAUUGCACAGGCCCUGGCUCCACUCCUUGUUACCUGUUCCCAGGAUUGCCAUAACUUAGUAUGAUUUCAAUGCCUUCUUUGUGCGGUUCCAUUUUAAACACUGCCAAGCAGUGUUUCAAAAGCAUAGUUCUAAUUUAGUUUCAUCUCUGCUUUUAUAACCCUCAGUGGCUUCCCACUGCUUGGCAUGGAAUAAUUCCUUAGGUAUCAUCAGCUAACUCAGACGCCACCUUUCUCUGUUCAGUUUCCUUUCUCAGUCUCUUCACUCUCUCUUCCUCCCAACCUCCGUCUUUGCCUAUUUAUCCAGGACUUCUCUGAGACAGCUGAUGCUACUUCUCUUCUGUAUUUGUUUUUUUUUUUUGAGACAGAUUCUCCUAUGUCGCCCUUGGUAGAGUGCCGUGGUGUCACAGCUCACAGCAACCUCAAACUCCAAACUCUUGGGCUCAAGCGAUUCUCUUGCCUCAGCUUCCCAAGUAGCUGGGACUACAGGUGCCCACCACAACGCCCGGCUAUUUUUUUGUUGCAGCUGUUUAGCUGGCCCGGGUCAGGUUCAAACCCACCACCCUCGGUGUAUGUGGCUGGCGCCAUAACCACUGUGCUACGGGUGCCGAGCCUUUCUUCUGUAUUUCUAUAGACUAAAUCCAGUAGCUUCUUCCUCUGUGCUCCUAUAGCCUUUAGUUCAUCAGCUUAUGUGGUGCUUAGCACAUUCUGCCCUUGAAAAUAACUUACGUUUUUCAUUUGAGAUUCCCCACAGCAUCUGGCAGGGUGCCUUGCAUGCAUUCUGUAUUUACUGAAUUAAAUUCCUUCUCAUCCAGCCCUUCUGCUUUUUUGUUGUUGUUGUUGUUGUUGUUGUUGUUUUUCCAAAGUGCCUCUAAUACACUUAACAUUCUGGAACCUGUGCCACUUUUAAAGUCUUUUUUUUUUUUUUUUUUUUUGAGACAGAGCCUCAAGCUGUCGCCCUGGCUAGAGUACUGUGGCAUCACAGCUCACAGCAAUCAAUGUGCUCAGGUGAUUCUCCCGCCUCUGCCUCCCAAGUAGCUGGGAUUACAGGCAACCCCCACAACAUCUGGCUAUUUUUUGUUGCAGCGUCAUUGUUGUUUGGUGGCCCAGGCUGGAUUCGAACCUGCCAGCUCAGGUGUAUGUGGCUGGCGCCUUAGCAGCUUGAGCCACAGGUGCUGAGCCUAAAGUCUUUUUUUUUUUUUAAAGGAAAAUUUUAUUUAUGAUUUUUUCCCCUAUAAGAAAAGACAUAGUUUCUAGUAGGAUUUUUUUUUUUUAAUGAUAAAAGGUAGUAGAAAAAUUUCAAAACCCUAACUGUCAAAGUCCUUUUCCUUUGGGGUGGAAGAAAAGGAUGAAGUGGGGGCAACCUUUUCCUUCAUAUGAGUUGGUCAUAGCAUGUAAAAACCAAUCUUGAAAUACUAUUUUUUUAAGUGAGUUAUAAUGUAUGUCUAGAAAUGCUUUUUUUUAGAAAUGCUUUUUACUUAAAGUAAUAAUAGUUUGUAUCUAAUUGUCAAUAUAAAGAUGUAGAUCCUUUAUAAAUAAAAAAUUAGCACUGUAAAUAAUGUUAAUAUGUGU